CUAGGAGCGCGGAGCAUGAGCGCGAUGCGGGCGCUGCUGUUCUGCUCCUGCCUGGCGCUGCUGCCGCGGCCGGCGGGCGCGCAGCCCUUCCUGCGCCUGCGCCCGUCUCCCAGCGACAACCUGCCCGUCAAGGACAUCGUGGAGCACCCGGACCCCGAGUACGACCCGAAGGAGCAGGACUUGGACGAGAGGACUCUGCGCAAGAAGCUGGGCGGCCACUUCGACCCGGGCUUCAUGGCGGUGGCGGCGCCGGGGAACGCGUCGGGGGCGUCGGGGGCGGCGAGGGGCCGGGCGCUGCCCGCCGAGCUGCGGCGCCUCGAGCCGGGGCCGCGGCUGCGCCUGGGCAAGAAGGCGAGGCGCAAGGUGCUGCAGUGGCUGUGGGCGCACACACGCUGCCCCGUGCUCUACGCCUGGAAGGACCUGGGCGUGCGCUUCUGGCCGCGCUACAUCAAGGAGGGCAACUGCCUGGCCGAGCGCUCCUGCUCUCUGCCCGAGGGGAUGUUCUGCAAGCCCGUGCGCUCCGUCACCAAGACGUUCCUGCGCUGGCACUGCCAGGGCUGGUCCAGCCAGAAGUACUGUACCUGGAUCCCCGUCCAGUACCCCCUCAUCGCCGAGUGCAAGUGCUCCUGCUAGCCCCACGCCCACCCCCGGCACCCACCUGCACUCGGGAUGGUUCUCGGGUUCACCCACCUUCAUCCGGGGUCAGUUUUACCCACCUUCGUCCAGGGUCGGUUUUACCCACCUUCGCUUGGGAUGGUUCUCGGGUUCACCACCUUCGUUUGGGGUCUGUUUUACCCACCUUCAUUCAGGGUGGUUCUCAGUUUUACCCACCUUUGUUCAGAGUCAGUUUUACCUGCCUUGAUAUGGGGUGGUUCUCCGUUUUACCCACCUUCACUUGGGAUGUUUCUCCAUUUCACCCAUCUGCACUCAGGGUGGUUCUCGGUGUCACCCACCUUCAUUCGGGGUUGGUUUUACCCACCUUCAUUCGAGCUGGUUUUCAGUUUUACCUUCAUUCAGGGUGGUUUUCGGAUUCACUCACCUUCAUUAGGGGUGCUUUUUGGUUUCACCCGCCUUCGCUCGGGGUGGUUUUCAAUUUCACCCACCUUCAUUUGGGGUGGUUUACAGAUUUUUGGACUUCUUUUAAUGUUAUUUUAUUCGAAAGGGGAAAAGCAUACCCAGGAACUGCAGGGCAGGCCAAAGGCACAGUAAAGCACUACAAUCAGAUGUCUAUUUUUAUACAUAUAUAGCGUCUAACAAAAGGGAAUAAAAACUAAAAAAGAAGAAAAAAAAAAAAAAACAAGAAAAAAAACACUACCAGCAGUGUAAAUAGAGAGAUUUUAAAGGAAGAGGGGGGAAAUCGCAGCUGUUUUUUAUUAUAAUAAUUAUUAUUGCUAUUAUUAUUAUUUUAAAGACAUAGGACCACAUUUUAAACCCAUCCCCACAGAACCUGAGCUCUUUCCUGCUGAAAGAAAGGGCAGAAAUUUCCUGUAAAGACGAUUUUAUCAAAAGGAGAACGGGGGAGGGAGGGCUAAAAAACAAGAGAAGAAAGAAUGGCAGCAUCCCCAAAGGCGGUUGUUUCUCUGUGCUGUAUUUUUUUUUUUUUUUUGUCUUUUUCAGCCCUUGUCACUGAUGUUUGAACUAAUUUGCCAAGCUCUCUAGGGUGUUGUUUUGUUUUGUUGUUUUUUUUUUUUUUAAGUGUAUAACAAUUAACUAAGGAGGAAAUUUUAAAGAAAAGUACAAAUCUAUGAAAGAGUGGAAUCGUUUUGUUGUGUGGGAAUACAUAUAGUCAUGUAGAGAUGUUAAAGGAAAUUUUCUGUGUACAGUUUAUUUAUUUUUAACGUUUGUGUAUAGGAAAAAAAAAAGCUAGAGAUUAUGCCAGAAACUAUUGGAAAUGUUUACUUGAAUAUUCCUUUAAAAACAUAUCAAUGUAAAUAUGAGCUAUCACUGAGCAAAACAUUUUUAGCAAUAAACUCUAUCUUUGAAGAAAAACCCCACACUGCACCCCAGCUCCCUGGGAGCCUGGCGGAGACAGGAAUUCUUGCGCGGAGGAGGUGAUGAGUAAAGGGCUUUGCCUGGGCCACACUGGUGUCAGUCGCGGGACAUCAUGACAGUUGGUAGCGCUCCAGCGCUUUAAGGCUCUUUGGGAUCCUUCUCGGGGUUUGCUUUGCGUAUAUAACCUGCUCAGGAGGAAAAAAAGACACGAGAGAAGAGGCUUAUAAUGCAUAACAGAGCUGCGAUGUCCCAGACAGGAGGCAGCAUCUGAAGUCCUUGGGAGAGUCCUGCUUCGUGUCGCCCUGCAUGCUCUGUGGCUCUUGGAUUGGGCACUCCUGCUGGCAGAGGAAGCAGUCGAGGUUGCCGCCCCGGCAACCAAAGCGCCUGGCACAGCUCAGCAGCCCCAUGGGUAUCAGAACAAAUGUUUUUUUUCCCAGCUGCUGCCACUAGCACAGGAGGGAAGGAUGGAAAGGAGCCGUGUGCCCAGCCCUGCUGCCGUGACAGAGCCCAGAGCUGGCAUCUCUGCCCUGCGCGCAGCCAGGAGUGUGCUGGGGUCAGGAAGAAGCACUGCUCCUGCCAGGGUCCUGUGUGCCCUCUGCUUGCCACCCUCAUGGGCUGAGCCUGUGGGACCCCCUGCUCUCCUGCUAGAGCUCAUGGGACGUGGGUGAGGGCGAGAUGAGAGGUCUCUGCAUGGACAGGCUGUCGGCAGCCGGUGGGGGCCAAGGCCAGCACUGGUGAGCAGAGGCACUGGCAGUGUAAGCCCACUGCCUAUGGAGAUCCAUCUGUCUGUCUGUCUUGUCUGUCACAGGGCUUGGAGUGAGGCCCUGACGGGCUGCCAGGUUGUUCCCCCAGCGUGCUCUGCGUGGGCUGCCGGUGCUGGAGGGGAAGGUCUGGCUGUUCCCUCCAGAGUCUGAAACGCGCCUGGCAUCCCUGAGGAACAAACCGCUGCUGAAGGCCCUCGCCAGCGAGGAGCCACACUCCGCCAACCCGUCUGCUGAGCAGCCGGGAGCUCCCAUCCCCUCCAGCUCGGCACACAGCGGAGGAGAGCACAGGACACCGAGCCUGUGGGAAGGCACUGGGAUGCUCUAAGGGGUCUCACUCACAUCCCUCUGCCUUCCUGCAAGGGGACCACAGUCUGGCGAGCCUGGAGGUUGUGCGCAGAGAGAGGCCAAAACAGGGAGAGAGCUUUUCUAAUGGGCAUGAUGGGAACAAGGUAAGAGGGACAGUGACACCCAGCAGACAGUGUCCCUGCAGAGCCCUGGCCCAUCCGCUCAGCCCCGCAUGAGAAGGCAGGUUGGCCUUUCCACGCAUCCAUCGGCGUGGGACU